GAGCCAUUGCACAUCACCGCUGCAGAAUGGAGUGAAGCAUUGCAUAGCAUUGCAGUUGGCAAAGCUGUCGCCCCCCGACGCAUGCCUGCGAUUCUCUGGAAGGAGCUGGCCGACCAACUUGGGGAGUGCAUGGGCCGUCUUGCAUACUUCCCCGCAGGGCGCGUAACUUUCCCUCUGAGCUGGUGUCAGGCCUUCCUCUGCAUGCUUCCGAAACCGAACAAACCACCGCGCUCUCCAGAUGCGCUGAGACCCGUUUCGCUCCUGAACCCUGCAUCCAAAGCCCUGGGCAGAAUUUUGGCCAAACGCCUGAUCGUCUACGCCCAACCUUUCCUAGCAUCUCUUCCGCAGUUUGCUUAUGUCCAGCACAGGGGGGUCAGUGAUGCUUUGGGUAAAGUGCUCAGUCACUUCUGGUCCGUCCGUCAAAACAUUCAAGGGCAAAUCACCAACAUCCAUAAAAAGCGGGAAGGACAUGCGCAGGUUGCGCUCACAGGUGGGCUAACCCUCAGCUUUGACUUGUCCCGGGCGUUUGACACUCUGCCGCACGAUGUACUCUUCGCAUCCCUGCUGGAGGCUUCUGUUCCUAGCGAUCUGGCCCGAUUCACUGUUGCUUUUCAUAGGCAAAUCAAGUUCUGUCUCGAUGAGCACGGGAUCGAGACACUUGCGCGCAGGGGCAUACGGCAGGGAUGCCCCUUAGCGCCGAUGCUAUGGGCCAUCGCGACCGGAAGUAUCAUCCGCCGCCUGCAGGUAUGUAACGGCCAGCAAUGGGUGGAGGACACCUUGAGUGUCUAUGCUGACGAUUUCAUCAGCACGAUGGUCUUCGACAGCCCAGCCUCCCUCAACCUUGCCAUGCAACAAGGGGAGCGCUUGCUCAACACCCUUGCUGAGUACCACCUGGGCGUGAGCCUCACAAAAACAGUUGCUCUCUUCGAGGCGCGGGGCAUGGAGGCCGAGAAAGCACGGGCCCAAUACCUUGACGAAUCCAAGACCGAUCACUUUGUUCGUGUGGGCGGCUGGAGGCUGCCGCAUAGGCUUGAUCAUGAGUACUUGGGUGUCAAGAGUAGCUAUAGGGGCUUUGAGAGAGCGACCUACACACACCGGAGACAGAAGGCCACCAAAGCAUACUGUAGAUUAAUACACGUGCUCAAGGCUAAACGCAGUCUCAGUGUGCGCACACGCCUUCGACUGUGGUAUGCGUGCGUCUGGUCAGUCCUCAAACACGGCCUCUCCACUGUGGGGAUUAGCAAGGAGGUUGCUGAGGAGCUCACAGGCUACGUAGCCAAACAGCUGCGCACGAUCGCUGGCAGCCAUUCUCAGUUCACUCAUAAAUCUAAUGAGGAUUUCUUCACGCGUCUUGGGUUAACUCUUCCAGUCACAGCCUUGAGGCAGGAGGCCGAGCGCAGAGUGGAGCAGCGGCAGCUUCAUCAUGUCCAGCCUGCACGGGUGCCACAAUGCCAUACGUACAUCGCCGCACAAUUUGCCACCCUAGAGGACCUGCACCUCACCCGCACCCGCCCUAGACUUAUUCCUGUGGACACACUUGUUAGCCAAGGUGUCAGCUGCCCCGAGUGUGGACAGUCUUUUGCCACGGAAGCCUCCAUGCGUCUGCAUCAGGCACGCAAGCACAAACAAACUGUUCGACAGGAUGCAGCUGAGCAUGGGGUGCAAGAGCACUGGAUUUUCGCGGCGGAUGGAAUGCCCGAAUGUGCAUUAUGCAACACCAAGCUCAAGGAUUGGUGGAACUUCGGCGGUUGGAGACGACUAUGCCGAGACCCACACUUCGUGGAGAAAAUUGCGCACCACUGCCCACUUUGCAACAAGUAUCUUAUGAAGUCGACAUACACUAAGCGACCCAGCAACGGGCUCAGCAAAUCGGGUGUAGUCAGCGUCCGUGCGAGUGGUGCCUCGGCAACUACCAAGCACCUGGUCGGCACGCAGAUGACGAUCGACGCCCCGAUGAUGGAACCUCUGGAGGAGGUCAAGCAGUUUUGGGAAGUGGCCAACAGGUCACAAGAGCCAGAGGGCGAGACGGAGGAGGGGCGCGAGAACGCGCUGGAGGAAAGACCGAACAAAGCACCAAAAGACUCACUGGGAGGCAAGGGGAAGGGCUUUCCCAAACGCGGCCCGCCGCAAAGGCAACCUCCCAGAAAGCCAGCAAAACCCGUGCCAGACGCAGACGAGAGCCUCACGAAGUUCAUACUCUUCUGCCGCACCGAGCCUCAGGGAGUGGUGGCCACCCUGCAGAAUGUCACGACCAAAUGGCAGCAAGAACAGGAGGCGGCGCCCCAGAAGAGUCGUCUUCCCCUCAGACGCGUCCUCCUCUCAUGCCUAAUCAAGGACCCGCAAGGACGGCGUGCCACGCUGAGGGGAGAUCCAAGUCAGGUUCAGAAGGCCAAGGAGCUAGGCUGGACACAGGACGGCACUUCAUGGCAGUACCUGCAGUGGAACAUGGAAUCGCGCAAGCAUAUGACAAAGGACACGCUGCCGAUGUCAGCCCAUCGCCUGCAGGAACUUCUGGAUAUGCUCUUGGUCGAAGUGCUGAGACCUCCCGUGAUCACAGCCUUCCACGCUCACAAGGAAAUCAUGGUAUUUCAGCUGGAAAUCGGGCUCAGGGAUCCAAAAUCGUUUCAGGUGUAUCAGGCCUUCCAGGAGCUCAGUACGUGCGCGGCCACGCAAGUGGCAGGCUUCAGCAUGCGACCGGACACCAUGACCCGAUCCCCUCCAGCGAAGCUCCUUCAGAACAAGCUGUUCAAGUCGUCAUGA